AUGAGGGCGCGUCGCAUCGACGAUGGGAAUAUGCAAGUUGCAUUUGCCCAGUCAAAUCUGGCAGGACGUGCCAAGACUUGGGCACUGGGACUCAAGUUGCACGACCCAUAUGCGUUUGGGUCGUUGGAAGUCUUCAAGUCGCGGCUCAGACAAACGUUUGAACCGCCUAGAGCUGAGUUCAGGGUUCGAACCGAACUCUUGAAGCUCAAACAGGGUAAGCGUGAUGUGCACGCUUACGCGCAACAUAUACGACAUCUCACGAGUUGUAUAAGUUCCAAUCCGGUUGAUGAACACACGUUGGUUUCGGUGUUCAUGCAGGGUCUUGCGGAUGGUCCCGUCAAGACUCACCUGUUCCGACUUGAACUAGAUUCACUAGAACAAGCCAUUUCCAUUGCGGAGCAGGAAGACUUCAGCCUGAGACAGGCUCGCGCCAGCUCGACAUCAUAUCGUCAACCGAGACGAUAUGACAACGGAGGUCCAGAGCCGAUGGAACUCUGUUAUGUAGACAGCGAGAAGGCUCGCUCUACAGACUACAAGAAGUUGCAGAAAUGCAACAGAUGUCAAAAGACAGGACACUACGCUUACGAGCGUAGUGCCCCUCGUCCAGUGUCUCGCAACACUGGGCGUAGUGACCGUCCACCCAUAAGAAAGGGGCAGGGACGCGGGUCCGCUGUUGGUGCAAAGACGCAACAACGGGAUGGACCGUCAAAAAACGGACAGGAUCAGUAG